AGGCUUCGCCGUAUGGGGCUAGCGUGUCGGUCUCUGGAAGUCGGCUGAGUUUGGGUGACUCCGGAAACGGCCUUUCCGCGGGGACGAAGCCGGGCAGAAUAGCUUAGAAAGAAUGGGGCUCUUCUUAGGGAAGGAUUUAUCUACAUAAGGAGCCUUUUGGAAGAGAGGACGGUUGCGAAAAUGGGAAUAGAUGGGAAUGGUAGUCCAGUUUAAUAAAGGGGUGAGGCCAUGAAAAUGGGGAGUGGAGCAUGGGAAUUGUGUCCAGUCUUGAGAAUGAGGGUUGGAGAAACAACCACUAGGGAGAUUAAGCAGGACUUAAUAGCGAGGGAAGAGACCCCAUUUGCAUGGUACUAGGGAAACUAUCCCAAGAGUUUUGUAGCACCGGAGCAGCGUCAUGGCAUGCUUGCCUACUCAAAAGUUUGCAGUUCAAAAUAGGAAAGGAGAUUGUAAGGGAGGAGAUAAAAAGUAGAUUCAAGCACUGAAUUCUUGGUUGCAAAAUACAGCAGGUCACGGGCCCAGUAGAAAGGCGGCGCCUGCUUCUCUCUUUGAUGGCCACAGCAUGGACAGUUGGUGGUGGUGAGUUCUCAGCUGGCAUGGUGGAGGAAUAGACUGAUGCCAGGAUAGACUUGCUGCUGACCUUGAGCCCUUGGAAUAAAAAGCUAUACAGUCUUUUAAUGAGAGUCUAAUGGAAGAUGUCGUCUGGGCUUACAGAAGAACAGAAAAGGAAGAUUGAGGAGAACAAGCAGAAAGCUUUGGCAAGGAGAGCAGAACGACUGGCAGCUCAGCAGGGCUGCAUUGCUAAGAAGCAGCCUGACCAGCACAGUCGUACUGGCUGUCAAGGAGCCCCGCAGCAGCCUUUGCGGGAGCAAAGCCAUCGUGCUGUUGCCAGUAGCCAUCACCUGCAGGUCUCCAGCAACCAUGUGGUACAGAAGAGUCUUCCAAUGCCACAGCCUCGCUGUAGCUCAAAUGGACAGGCAGCCUCUGUUUCUGGUGCGCAAGAGAGCAAUUGUUCAGGGGACUCCAGCUGCCAUAAGGACAGGCAGCUGAAUAGCACUGAGCAGCCCUGGCCAGAGGUGCAAGACUUCGUGAAUCGCUGUCACUGGCAUUCUUCUGAUCUGAGCACUAGGGAGCAAGGUCAAGCAAUCUGGCAUAAUUCUAAUGUGUUGCAGCCACCUAAGUGUCACACAGCAGUCCAGAAUGUUGUGGAACAGCAUCCAUCCAGACUGGAUGCUAACAGGCAGCCUCACAACAUUACAGAUGUGCAGAUCCAGAAAGAGUCCAGUGGUGAGCAUAGUGACAUUAAACAUACCCUUCCAGUGAACUUCACCAGCUCUGAGAACCCCUUUGCUGAGAAAGAAGGUAGUAGCACAAUGCAUUUUUAUGGCACAAAAAAUGCUUCAGUUCCUGUAAAAGCAAGCAUAGGAGCAACACUGGGUGCAGGAAAUGUAUCUGAGAUGCCUGUACAGGCAAAAGCCCAUAGUGUUCUCAGAGGAAAAUGCGUGAAGCACUCUGAAGACCGAUUCCGUGUUGAGAUUGGCUACAACUCAGAACUUAUUGCAAUGUUCAGGAGCUUACGAAGCAAAAAUUAUGAUCCUGCAACAAAGAUGUGGAAUUUUAGUCUUGAAGACUAUAGUCAACUCAUGGAAGCAGCAGGCCAAGUUUCCUCUGUGAUCUUGGCACCUCUGGUAGGAAUGAAGGCAGCUACUGGGGCCACUGAGUCAUCAUCUUUUGGUGGAAGUUCUUGCUCACGAUCCCUCUUGCAGGCAUGCAUUGGCUGGCAGAAACCAUCAGCGACCGUCAGAGGGAAGUGUGUGCUGAUUUCAUACUCUCGGUUUGAAGUCGAUAUUGGGUAUGCUGCCAGCAUCAUAGGGGUAUUCAAGCAGGUGAAUUCUAGGAAUUAUGAUAUGAAGACCCGAAAAUGGAAUUUUCUACUGCAGGACUACCUAAGGCUAAUUGAACUGGUCAGGAGCCUUCCAGAAAUAGAGGUAGAGCCACUGCCUAAGCCAAUAGUUCAAGCCUUUGCUGCUCAGUUCAAGACAUCCGUCUCGAAGGCCGCAGACAUCCCCCAGGUGGAUCUUUCAGAAGUAGAACCUAAAGUUGUGGCAGCCCUCAUGCCAUUUCAGAGGGAAGGAGUGAACUUUGCCAUCUCCAGAAAAGGGCGCUUACUGCUUGCAGAUGACAUGGGCUUAGGGAAAACUAUCCAGGCAAUCUGCAUUGCUGCAUAUUAUCGAAAAGAGUGGCCACUGCUGGUGAUAGCCCCUUCCUCAGUGAGAUAUACAUGGGCAGAGGCUUUCUACAAGUGGCUUCCUUCCUUAAGCCCAGAUACUGUCAGUGUCAUAGCAACAAGCAAGGACUGCCUAACGGCAAGAUUGAUAAACAUUGUCAGUUUUGACCUUCUCAGCAAGAUGCAGAAGCAGCUAAAAACCACCUUCCAAGUUGUGAUUGUUGAUGAAUCUCAUUUUCUUAAGAAUGGGAAAACUGCUCGAUGUCGGGCUGCAUUGCCUCUCCUGAAGGCUGCCAAACGAGUAAUCUUGCUGUCCGGGACCCCUGCCAUGUCCCGCCCUGCAGAGCUGUAUACGCAAAUUGCUGCCAUCAGACCGUCCUUCUUCCCUCAGUUCCAUGCUUUUGGACUCCGCUAUUGUGAUGCUAAGCAGAGUCCUUGGGGAUGGGAUUAUUCUGGAUCAUCCAACCUUGGUGAGCUGAAACUCUUGCUUGAAGAAUCAAUUAUGAUCCGCCGCCUGAAAUCCGAUGUGCUUUCCCAGCUUCCUGCAAAGCAGCGCAAAGUGGUGGUGGUAGCUUCCGAAGGCAUGAAUGCAAGAACCAAAGCCGCGUUGAAAGCAGCUGCAAAAGAAAUGGCAAAGGGUUAUAAGAGCAAGCAAGAAGAGAAGGAAGCUCUCAUUCUUUUUUACAAUAGGACUGCAGAAGCCAAAAUCCACUGUAUUAUAGAAUACAUCCUAGAAUUAUUGGAAAGUGGAAGAGAAAAAUUUCUGGUAUUUGCUCAUCACAAACUAAUUCUAGAUGCAAUCACUGAGGAACUGGAGAAAAAGCAUGUUGGGUACAUUCGUAUUGAUGGUUCCACACCCUCCGCUGAGCGUCAGUCUCUUUGUGAAGAAUUUCAGUUCACCAAGAAGCACUCUGUGGGUCUCCUCUCCCUAACAGCAGCUAACAUGGGGCUUACCCUCUCGGCUGCUGAUCUGGUUGUAUUUGCAGAAUUGUUCUGGAACCCAGGGGUUUUGAUCCAAGCAGAAGAUCGGGCACACCGAAUUGGGCAAACCAGUUCUGUGAAUAUUCACUACUUGGUAGCAAAAGGCACAGCUGAUGAUUACUUAUGGCCCAUGAUUCAAGAGAAGAUCAGAGUAUUAGGUGAAGCUGGCCUGUCUGAAGCCAAGUUCUCUGAGACAGCCGAAGCUACUGAUUACCACUACAAGCAGGACCCAAAGCAGCAGACCAUCUUAAACCUUUUUCAGAGGACCUUCUCAAAGGAUGCUGAUGACAUGGAUGAAGCCCUGCUUGUAGAAGCAGUGGAUGCAUGUCAGGAUUCUGGACAACAAGCUUCAUCAGGUGAAGCAAAAGGAAACCUUUUCCAAUCAAGCCCAUGCAAGCAACGGCAUAUAAAUGAUUAUUUUUGCAAACAGUAAUAUACACAAUUAUGCUUAAGGUAGUAGUUAAGGAGAAAAAUCAGUGUGGUCAAUAAACAAUUUAGUAGUUCAAAUAAAGAUAAUAUGUAUUUUUAAA